AUGUUUUUGAAGGCGGGCAGAGGGAAAAAAGUCCCCCCAGUGAGGGUCUGUGGGCCUGAUUGUAUAGUUAUGAUGGAGCCCCCUUUGAGCAAGAGGACCCCGCCAGCGCUGAGAUUAGCGGAUUUGGCAACGGCUCAGGCCCAACCGCUUCAGAAUAUGACAGGCUUCCCGGUGCUGGCCAGCCCGCCCGCCCACUCCCAACUCCGUGCUGCCGCCGCGCACCUCCACCCACGGGACCUGGGCGCUGACCCCGGCGUGGCCGUCACUCUGCUCGGACCUGAGCACAUGGCCCAGGCGAGCGCGCAGAGCCUCGGCCCGCCCUCCCAGGCACUCUCGGUGCAGCCCGAGGCUCCGGCCGCCGCCGACCGCACCGCAGCCUCACUCGCGCACCCCAGCGCCGACACCUACCCCGGCGGCGAGGGCAGCGGUGGCGCGCGGCCCUCCGCGCCCCCGCCCCCGGCCCCUCCUCUUCCUCCUCCCCCUCCCCCCCCUCCCCCUCCUCCUGCCCUCACGGGCUACACCACCACCAACAGUGGCGGCGGCGGCAGCAGCGGCAAAGGCCACAGCAGGGACUUCGUCCUCCGGAGGGACCUCUCCGCCACGGCCCCCGCGGCGGCCAUGCACGGGGCCCCGCUCGGAGGGGAGCAGCGGUCUGGCACUAGCUCCCCCCAGCACCCGGCCCCGCCUCCCCACUCGGCCGGCAUGUUCAUCUCCGCCAGCGGCACCUACGCGGGCCCGGACGGCGGCGGUGGCCCGGCGCUCUUCCCCGCGCUGCACGACUCUCCGGGGGCUCCCGGCGGCCACCCGCACCCGCUCAACGGCCAGAUGCGUCUGGGGCUGGCGGCGGCGGCGGCGGCGGCGGCGGCGGAGCUCUACGGCCGUGCGGAGCCACCUUUCGCUCCGCGCUCGGGCGAUGCACACUACGGGGCGGUGGCGGCCGCCGCAGCCGCCGCCCUGCACGGCUACGGAGCCGUGAACUUAAACCUGAACCUCGCUGCGGCGGCAGCUGCCGCGGCGGCAGGGCCCGGACCCCACCUGCAACACCACGCGCCGCCGCCGGCGCCCGCGCCGCACCCGCACCAGCACCACCCCCACCUCCCAGGGGCGGCCGGGGCCUUCCUGCGCUACAUGCGGCAGCCAAUCAAGCAGGAGCUCAUCUGCAAGUGGAUCGACCCGGACGAGCUGGCCGGGCCACCCCCGCCGCCACCGCCCCCGGCCGGCGGCGCCAAGCCCUGCUCCAAAACUUUCGGCACCAUGCACGAGCUGGUGAACCACGUCACGGUGGAGCACGUGGGCGGCCCGGAGCAGAGCAGCCACGUCUGCUUCUGGGAGGACUGUCCGCGCGAGGGCAAGCCCUUCAAGGCCAAAUACAAGCUCAUCAACCACAUCCGCGUGCACACGGGCGAGAAGCCCUUUCCCUGCCCCUUCCCGGGCUGUGGCAAGGUCUUCGCGCGCUCCGAGAACCUCAAGAUCCACAAGCGCACUCAUACAGGGGAAAAGCCUUUCAAAUGUGAAUUCGAUGGCUGUGACAGGAAGUUUGCCAAUAGCAGUGAUCGAAAGAAACACUCCCAUGUGCAUACCAGUGAUAAGCCCUAUUACUGUAAGAUCCGAGGCUGUGACAAGUCCUACACUCACCCAAGCUCCCUGAGGAAGCACAUGAAGAUUCACUGCAAGUCCCCCCCACCUUCUCCAGGAACUCUCGCCUACUCAGCAGUGGGGACUCCCGUGGGUGCUCCCUUGUCACCUGUGCUAGAUCCAGCCAGGAGUCGCUCCAGCACUCUGUCUCCUCAAGUGACCAACCUCAACGAGUGGUACGUUUGCCAGGCCACGGGGGCCCCCAGUCACCUCCACACACCUUCCAGCAAUGGAACCACGUCUGAGUCUGAAGAUGAGGAAAUGUAUGGGAACCCUGAAGCUGUGCGGACGAUACAUUAG